AUGUCAUUGAAGGUGCAGACGAGCAACAUCACGAACAAAAAUGACCCCAAGUCCAUCAACUCCAGAGUCUUCAUUGGCAAUCUCAACACAGCCGUGGUCAAGAAGUCGGAUGUGGAGACCAUUUUCUCCAAGUACGGCCGAGUGGUGGGCUGCUCCGUUCACAAAGGCUACGCCUUCGUACAGUACUCCAACGAGAGGCACGCGCGUGCGGCUGUCCUGGGUGAGAACGGGCGUGUGCUGGCUGGCCAGACCCUUGAUAUCAACAUGGCCGGGGAACCUAAACCCAACAGACCUAAAGGGCUGAAGAGAGCAGCCUCCGCGUUGUACAGCGGCUACGACUUCGACUAUGACUAUUACAGAGACGACUUCUACGACAGGCUCUUCGAGUACCGGGGCCGAGUCUCUCCGGUGCCCAGGGUGGUUCCUGUGAAGCGGCCGCGGGUCACCAUCCCCCUCGUCCGGCGCGUGAAGGCGACGCUCCCCGUCAAGCUCUUCGCCAGGUCGGCUGCCAUCGCCAACAGCUCGGCCAAGUUGAAGCUGAAGUGCAGCGAGCUGCAGACAAUCAAAACUGAGCUGACACAGAUCAAAUCCAACAUCGACGCUCUCCUGGGCCGACUGGAGCAGAUCGCUGAAGAACAGAAGCUGUCCGCAGAGGUGCGGAAGAAGGCGGACAGCAGCAAAUGUGAAAUCUCGCAGGAAGACACGGCGUCAGAGGCAGAGGCCAACACGGAGGAGCCGCUGAACGGGGACGAGGGUGAGGAAGAGGGUCUUGCACGGGAGGAGUGUGAAGAUGAACUGGAGAACAGCCAUUACACAGACGUGGAGGACGCCAGGCUACAGUAACCAGCCCAUUCAGAACAGCAGUGAGCAGCAGUGUGAGGAAAGCACGAGGCUGAACCCUGUCCUGGCACGUUGAGCAAGCCAAGCUGAAUCGAAGUGCUGCUGUCAUCUCUACCUGGCGUUCAAAAGGAGAAACACGGCCUGACAUCUUCCAUCCAUCUGUAAAGCAAAGACGAAGAAACCUCAUCACCCCGGCGAAUCCCCAGUGCCCUGUGCAGUGGAU